AUGGCGGUGUUGACUGUAAAACAGUUGCAAUCGCUAUAUUCCAAGGUAGCCCACAUACGACCUAGAUUGUUAGGAUUGGAUGUGGGAACAACUUUUGUUGGAGUCGCUCUUUCCGAUCCAACACUCACGCUUGCACUCCCACAAGGGACGCUACUCCGCACCGAUUGUUUACGUCCAUUUAAAUCCAACCCACUAAUAAAGCUCGUGCAGCAGUAUCGAACCUUUGCAUUUGUUGUGGGACUGCCACUUUUGGAGAGUGGAGAAGAAUCUAUUCAGUGUGAAGAUGUCAAAUUGUUUAUUCACGAGUUUUGGAAUCAUACCGAAAUGCCCAUGCCAGUUGUGUUUGAGGAUGAAUGGGGGAGUACCCAAAUGGCUAUGGACGACUACCGGUAUCAGAAGAAGCGAGACUGGAACAGAGGAUUGCGAAAGAAGGACGAAAAUGCUGCCGCCAUUAUUCUCCAAUCGUUUUUAGACUCUUUUGAUGUGAAACGCCCCGAUCUGUGAUUUCUUCCAAGUGUCUGUACGGGCGUUGUCAUGGAUAAUAAUCGUGCAAAUACCGA